UUUCCCUAACUUGUAACUUCUCACCGUUAUCUACUGACCUCAAACACGCAGCGAGUACUAUAUCAGGUGUGAGAGCGACUCAUUCAGCUACAGUGGGGCUUCAGGUGCAUAUCGCAGCAAGUCUACCGCUAAAUUACGUCACAGAGGCACACUAUCCUGUGCACAAGACUUUUCUUGGUUCCGUGGUACUUUGGAACAACUGUUUCAGGUGUUGCGAACUCAAAUGGUACAAUUCAGUGCGUGUGUCAACCAAGUAAGGGACUUCCUCGCCAGCCAAAAGAGAGGGCUCAACUUUUUGACAGCUCUUGUGUAUCCGAUUUCAUCCAGGAGGUCAUUGUUUACAUAAUUCCAUCUGAACUUCACUUUCCAUAAGAAAUCUAAAAUAUAGCAACAGAUUUCAAACUGUGAUAUUCGAACUUUGAAUAUUGCCCGUUAACGUUUGUGCACCUAAUAUUGGACGUAAUGCAGAGUUGAGCGAGAAUGCCUGCAAGUGAAACAGACUAUUUAGAAGACCAGGCACUGCAUAGACUACAGUCAGGAUCUGUGAAGAAAAAAACACACCCAAAGAGUUCUGGUAAUAAAACCUCUGUGGGCAAUACCUGCAAGAACGCCAUCGCGCAGGGCAUGGGAAUCAAAGCAGAACCCAAUGUAGGAGACGACAUUGAUAUGUCAGGAGAUGAGGGGUUUGAUGAGGACGAAAGGUCGCCCGGAGGAGAGCAAGGCCACUGUGGAGAUAGUUCUUGUGGAGACGCGCACAACGGACCAAAGAAGACGGUGGCGCAGAUCAUGCGGGAUAAAAAGAGACAGACACAGCUAACACUACAAUGGCUAGAAGAAAACUACUGUAUAUGUGAAGGGGUAUGCCUCCCUCGCUGUAUACUAUACGCCCACUACCUGGACUUCUGCCGCAGUGAGUCUUUGGAGCCUGCAUGUGCGGCGACAUUUGGCAAGACAAUACGUCAAAAAUUUCCACACUUGACGACCAGAAGACUUGGAACCAGGGGCCAUUCAAAAUACCACUAUUAUGGCAUUGGCAUACGUGAAACAAGCCAGUACUACCAUUCUGUUUACUCAGGCAAAGGUCUGACAAGGUUUUCAGGAUGCAAACUGAAAAAUGAGGGAGGGUUCACCAGGAAGUAUUCCCUCAGUUCUAAGACUGGAACAUUGCUGCCAGAUUUCCCAGACUCACGCUAUUUAAUAUUGCCACUUUCUUUGCCCAGAGAAAAGGUGGAGACCUUUGUAAUGAUGUACAAGACCCACUGCCAGUGUAUUCUGGACACAGCGAUAAAUGGGAAUUUUGAAGAGAUUCAGAACUUUUUGCUCCAUUUUUGGCAAGGCCUUCCUGAACAUUUGCUCCCUCUGGUGGAAAAUCAGGUCGUUAUUGACGUGAUCUGCGUAUGCGAUGCAGUGCUGUACAAAGUUCUAACUGAUGUACUUAUACCCGCUACGAUGCAAGAGAUGCCUGAAACAUUAUUAUGCGACAUUCGUAAUUUCGCCAAGCAUUGGGAGAACUGGGUGAACACCGCUUUGGACAACCUGCCUGAAGUGCUUACGGACCACAAAAUGCCAGUUGCAAGACGGUUUGCACAAUGUUUGAAACGACAGACAUCUUUUCUUCAUUUGGCUCAGACUGCACGACCAGUCCUGUAUGACGUCAACAUGGUAAAUCAGAUGAUUCAAGAUGUCGAACGAAUUGACAUGAACAGCAUUUCAACACACGCCUUUGCAGCAAGCAGCGACAAUGAACAAGAUACUGAACAUAACGCAGAAUUCCUCCGCGAAUUCAAAGAAUUACUUAGGAAACAAGCCACUGUUGAAGCGUUCACAGAGUGGCUGGACGUGGUUGUAGAACAUAAGAUUGUAAAGCCUAGCAAACAGAAUGGUAGGUCAUUCAAAAAGCGAGCUCAAGAAUUUCUGCUCAAGUGGUCCUUUUUUGGAGCGCGAGUGAUGCACAAUCUCACACUGAACAAUGCACAAAGUUUUGGAUCUUUUCACCUCAUACGAAUGCUGCUGGACGAAUAUGUUCUCCUUGCGGUGGAAUCUCAGUUACACAACGAAAAAGAACAAGAACUGCAACAGUUGAUGGAAAAACACAUAAAGACAGACGAAACUGGCAACCGGCCAAACCUUUCUGCUGCUCCCGGAACCUGCUUCGUAGCCAAUCGGCAAACUUCGUCAUCUCAGAGGUCAACAGGGAGUCCUACAGUUAAAAAAGAGGCAUACCUCGAUCCCCAGCUUGGUCCAUCCUUCAUGUAUUCUGGGUAUAUGUCCAGCGAUAGGGACCAGUUUGUCCUGCCUAAUCAUCUCACUCACCUGUCUGCAAUGACGCAGGCUGUGAACAGUAGCACAAGCCCCAUGCUAACGCCCCCUAUCUCUCCAAUUGUCGUGAAUCCAAUGAGAAGUAGCGUCAUCAACCAGAGCCAUCUAUCGUACAAUUCCAGCAACCCAACAUCUCUUGUACCUCCCCAUACUGGGUAUUCACCCUACAUUGGUCAACAUGGAGACCCGUAUUCCCCAGCUGGCGCAAGCUAUAUGGCAAGCUACGGGUCCUCCCCCUACGGCAGUGCUUUCCGCACACACUCGUACAACCACUCUAACCCCUAUGGCAUGAAAAACGAUAUGGAACUUACUUACCCAACUUACGCAGACCAGCCGUACGGUUCGUACGAUAGUUACGCCAUGAGUUCAUACGCUAGUCAGGCCUCGGUGAAUUAUGCAGCCAUGCACCAGCCUCAAGCCGGCAGUGCCUUUAACGUUGUACAGAGCAAUUCUGCAUACUCUGGACCUGGGCACUAUCAACAUUCCGACUAUUACUCUCCGUAUCACCAGCCUGUCAAACCUCUUGUGGAGCACGUGCCAGUUAUCCAACAGCGGGCAGGUGUCAGCACACACUAUUCAAGUGAGAGCCACGACCCUCUGAACCUGCUGGACAAGCCGAACCACAGACAGAAAGAGCACCCACAUCAGUUGUUCGGUACCUCAACUUCGGCAAGCUGCCACAGUCCGCGCCACCCAGUCGGUCAUCAAGGGGAAACUCAUCCGAGCGUUGCAGCAGACGACCUGAUCAACAUGGCAGUCAAUGGCAUGAUGGUCCCUGCAUCAGAGGCGGAUAUUACAUCACAUUAUGGGGAUCCUGGGCCCUUACCUUCCAUUAACACCGUUUUUAUGAGCUAAGAAAGGAGAUUAAAGGAUGCCUAAAAUUUAAUGAAUUCGCAUUUUUUAAAGACUGAAACUAGUUAACUCUGUAUGAACAGAACAAGGGUUGGUGAGAGUAUUUUCACCCACUUAAUUUUUUUUAUGGCAUUUGGCUCUCUUUGUACAUUUGUAUUUAUAAAUGCGUGAGUAGCGAAGAUAUAGAUCUGUAAAAUGCUGUGUAUUUAGGCUGUCCCCUUCAGGAAAGGUAUGCAUGCUCAGUAACGAUAGCAGUGACCAUAAACAUUAUUUAUAUACACGUAUGUAUGUUAACCAGUGUGUUAUAUGUACUAGUAGAAAAAAAAGCUGACAUGUAAAGGAACCAAUGCAAAUAGCUGUACUGAAUGUAGGCAUCGUGUGGCAAGAUGCACAUAUCUCAUUUGGAACCAUUCCGUCUGUCUGGGCAUUUCUGUCUGACAAUUUUCGCCUAGACUAAACCAACAAAUUUUGUCUUGCAAGAUUCCAUGGAGGUCAUCACAGAUGACUCUUUACUUUGCAAUAAAAAGAACGAACACUUUACAGGGCACCAAUCGGUCGUGCAAUGACUCUUAACCGUUGCAAUGCUUCUUUUACCUUAAUGUGUGAAUUCGACGAAUGCUUCUCUGGCAUGAUUAGCUGUAUUACAUGUCUUUAGCUUUUUAAACAUAAAUGACCAACGACAAUUUACAUGGCCAAGUAGAGUAAUCGUACCGUCCAGUUUUGUGAUUAUUUUAUGCGCUUUCAAACUAUAAAAUUAAGGGUUUAUUACAAUGUGAAUUUAUGUAAAUGCGCAUCGCAUUUAAUAUAUGUGAAUAAAAUUGUUACA